GAUGGUCGGAUUGUUGUAGAGAACAAGACUUCUGGGCCGGUCGAUCCGGUUCUCGCGCCACGGAUAUCAAAGCCCAAAUUCCAAUCCGAUUUCGGGCGUUGACAAUUCCGGCACGUUAUUUCUGUGAACGAUAACGUCGAAGGUUGCCUGGGAGAUUCUUAAUUUAUUUGAAGGAAUCUUGCAAGCAAUUUGCAUAGAGAGCGGGAAAUCCUUUUGGAGCUCGAGUUUGCGAGGAAGGGAGAGAGAGAGAGGUGUUUCAGAAUGGUAGGAGAGGCAAAGGUUGAUAGGGAGCAGGAGGUCGUCUCCGUUGAGCUGCCAGCUCCUCCUGGCUGGAAGAAGUUUGCUCCAAAGAAAGCUGGGACUCCCAUGAGGAACGAGAUUUUUUUCAUUUCUCCCACUGGUGAGGUGAUUAGAAACAAGAAAAAGUUGAACCAAUAUCUUCGGUCUCAUCCUGGAAAUCUUUCUUCUUCUGUAUUUGAUUGGGGAACUGGUGAUACCCCAAGGCGCUCUGCUAGGAUUAGUGAAAAGAUAAAAGCAAUGGAAACUCUACAGGAAGAACCUCCAAAGAAGCGAGGAAGGAUUUCUAGCUCAAAGAAAGAAAUCAAACAGAAAAAUGGUGUUGUAGAUGAACAGGCGGAGGAUGAGGCACUGGAAAGUAGAAAUGUAACCACACUAGGACUAGAGAGCUUAAUAUACGCUCAAAUGAAAAAUGAUGAGGCUGGUUCAGUGAAUGGAAAGGAAUUGGCUGCUACUAGAGCGAUUUCAGGGGAUAAUUCUAAAGAUGAUUCAAUUGAAGGAACUAAUAAUGAAAAAGAUGAUUUAGAUGCAGAAGUAGAGAAUGAGGAACCGAAAAGUGAGGAAGGAGUAGCUAUACCAGCGGCAGAGAAUGUUGAAGAUGUUGAUAUAAAAGAUGCUGUGGGUAGUUCGUUGAAUGUAGGAAAGAAUGAGAUUGCUGCUGAAGAUAUCGAGGAUAGUUUUAAGGUAGAUUCAAAUGAAGGGGCUAAACAUGAGAAGAAUAAUAUAGAUGCAGAUUUAGUUGAUGAACCACCUGAAAGUGAGAAGACAGCUACACAUGUGCUAGAAAGCGUAAAUGAUGCAGAUAUGAAUGAUGCUGAAGAUGUUUCAGUGAAAGGGAAGGAAGCGGCUGCUACUAAUGCUAUUGCGGAUGAUGGUUCUGCCAAGGUUAAUUUGACUGAAAGGACUAAAGCGGAAAAGCAUGAUGUUGAUGCGGUGGUAGAUUAUGAAGCACUUGCAAGUGAGAAGCGGGUGGCUAUACAAGCACUAGAGAGCAUAGAUGAUGUGGAUAGCUCGGUAAAAGGAGAGAAAGAUACUGCUGCUAAAGUUAUUACAGUGUGCAGUUCUUCUAAGGUUGAUUCAGACGAAGGAAGUAAACAGGAAAAGGAUAAGGUUGUUGUGGAUGAGGCAGUGGAAAGUGAAAAGGUAGCGAAACAAGCACUAAAGAGUGUAGAAGAUGCAGAUCCGAUGGAUGCUGAUGGUGAUUCUGCAGGAGAGGAAGAAUCUGCUGCUAAAGCUAUUCCUGAGGACACUUCUGUAAAAGUUAAUUCAAAUGACAAGCCCGUAAAAAUUGAUUCAAAUAAUGAGGCAUUGGAAAGUGAAAUUGUGUCUAAACAAUCAGUAAAGAGCGUAGAAGAUGCAGAUCCAAUGGAUGCUGAUGAUGAUUUUGUAGUAGGAGACGAAGAAUCUGCUGCUAAAGCUUUUAUUGAGGACACUCCUGUAAAAGUUGAUUCAAAUGAUAAGCCUGUGGAAAAGGACAAAGCCUAUAAAUAUGACGUCUAUCAAGAUUCUGCUGUAAAUCCAGCUGAAGGAGAAGAAAAUGAACUGAAAAAACAGGCACAGUGGGAGCAGAGUAUAGAUGUGACUGUCAUAUCAACCCAGGAGGAAACUGUUUUGGAAAGCGAAAACUUGGUUGUGUCUCAAGUGUUAACACACAAGACCGAACGAUACAAGGACAAUUUAAUUGUGGAAGAAGUCAAGGACAAGCCCUUAUUAAAUGAUAAUCACAAAGGUGAGCAGGUUUCUCCCUCCAAAGUUAUUCCGACUGCGAACCACGUAGAGUUGCAGAGCCCACAUAAGGCUUCGGCACUUGUUUGAAUGAAUUUGAAUCCGGCUGUGGGGAGCCAUUUAUUGUUGCCUGUCUGGGUAUAGGUGUGUGUUGACCGCCUCACUGCUUUGCUUAUAUGGCCUGUCAUCUCUAUUAUGAUACUAAAAUUUGUUGAUAUCUACUGCAUCUUGACAAUGUGAUGACCGUGACUCAAAGUUGAUUCCUAUUGUUAUUAAACUUAGCAGAGGGGAGGUGUGAACUCCCUUAGGUGAGAAUAUAAAUUGUAUUUUAUUUGAUCCUGUUUUAACGUUGUGGUUAUGUAACGUUGAAUAAAGAUUUUAGAACAACCUGCGAGGCCUCUACAACUGCUCUUUUAUUGUUUU